AUGACCUACCAUGGAGCCAAGAUGCUCGUCGCCGGUCCGAGCAGGCUUCCUUUCCAGCAUCUAGCCCUCAGACUCGACGCACGAGCUCCGGCCUGCUCAGCCGAAGCGUGUCGUUGUCUACACUCGGCUGGAAAGGCGACAUUUGCCGCUCGCCGAGCACUCCGAAUCGACCGACAAGAUCCGCCUUCUUAUCGGCGGCUCAACAGCUCGGUCUCCACCACCUCAGCCCUUGAUCUACCUGUAGACGGUGCAAGAAGAAGAGUCGGAGCGGAAGCCAAAGAGGAAGGACGGUCCGAGGAGGAACAACGCGCUUAUGAUCGCUUACGACCCAUCAUUGAUGCCUUACCCGGACCGGUCGACUGGGCCGUCGCAUACGGCUCAGGGGUGCGGCAUCAGGCCAACACAGAUCCUACAGGUCCACCACCCAUGACCGACUUCCUCCUCUCCACUCCAGACCUCGCCCAGUUCCACACCGCCAACCUCCGGCAGAAUCCCUCGCAUUACCCUCUGACGGCUCGAUUACUAGGUGGAGGGAGGAUAGCGUGGUUGACGGAUAGAUGGGGUGCGGGGGUGUGGUAUGUGACCAUGGUGAAGAUCAGGGGAUUGGAAGUCAAGUAUGGCGUCAUCUCGACUGAGCGGCUGAAGAGGGACUUGGAAGGCUGGGAGACACUCUAUGUAGCUGGGCGUCUACACAAGCCUGUUCUCCCACUUAUCACUCCCCCCGAAAUCUCCGAAUCUCUCCGUACGAACCUACACUCAGCGCUCACGCUAUCCCUCCUCCUACUUCCACCAACAUUCACCGAGCAGGCGCUCUGGACGCAGAUCGCCGGUAUAUCUUAUGCUGGCGAUCCGCGCAUGAGCGUUCCGGGGGCGGAACAUCCGGACAAGGUGGCUAAUAUCGUGAAGGGCAAGGGGGCGCUUGAGGGGAUGAGGGGCCUGUAUGGGCAGUUCAUGGGGCGGGGAGAGCUGGCGCUGGUGUGGGAUAGGGGCGAGAAGCGUGUGGAGGAGCCAGAGGUAGGGAAAGGGUGGACGUGGAGAGGGACCGGGGAGGAGGUACUGAGACAACCCGACACAUCCGACCAUCUCGCUUCUCUCAUCAUGUCCUUGCCAUGCAACCUCCGGACCAGAAUACUGCGGACUUACCACGCCGAAACGGACCCUGGCAUUGUGCGGACGAAUACUGUCGAGGGAACUCCUUCCUCCGCUUCUCCCGAGCGCAAUCUAUUGCUCGACAUCGUCGGCAGAAAGGCGAUCUCGGAGGCUGAGUCUGCGAAGGGUCAGGUGGGCGACUGGCGGAAGGUCGUCUUGACAGAAGUCGCCAACAUCAUCCGCCGUCCGGCUCUCACCCAGAGCUUCAAAGGCCUCUUUACCGCCGGAUUCCGAAAGAGCUUUGUAUACGCCAUGGCCAAGUUUCGGAAAUGGCUCAAUGCAAGACGAGCGAAGGGUGGAAAGGCGGCAUAG